GUCAACUAUGCUCAAAGUCCAACGUAAACUCCACCCGCUUACUCGUGUAAAUGCGACUCUAGUCUUCCUAUAUAAACUGUACAUGCGACUGUUAUGCUUCCGAUGAACAUCCGCUUCGAAAGGGCCUGCAGGAAUCCUGUCCCGGUACCUCAUGUUAGGCUUCUCUGGUGCCCUAGACCAGAUUUGAAGUGGACCUGUCUACAUCCAUGCCGGAUGCCAUUCGACCUUGCUCGAACUGCGUGGCUGUUUGGGCGAAGGGAUAAAAUCUGUCAUGCUCGUCUUCGUCGUCGUCGUGAGGACAAGACCUCCCAUGCCUCUGCGGAAGGAGGUCCCUUUGCUCUCCGUACCGUGCUUACGCGGCUGGUCAAGUCCAUUCCGAAGCGAAAGCGAAAGGCCGUGGCCAAUGACUUGGAAUCUUUUAUUCACCUCUUCGAAAGAUACCAGUCUGAGAAUCAUGCGCAACCAGAGAUCGACUGGGACAAAGUUUCUGUCCCGCGUUCUGAACAAAUCGUUCAAUACAAGGACCUCAAUGACGCCGAAGACGUACAGCCCCUUCACCGCCUCGCCGUUCUCAAGGUUAACGGCGGGCUGGGGACAUCGAUGGAACUGUCUGGCGCCAAGGGAGCCCUUGAGGUCCAGAACAAGUUAUCAUUCAUUGACCUCGCUAUACGGCAAAUCCAAACUCUGAAUGCAACUGAAGGUGUUGACAUCCCGCUGCUCUUCAUGACCUCGUUCAACACAGAGGAGGAUACCAACCGUAUCAUCCGCAAGUACGCUAAAGGCCCUACCAAGAUCUCAACUUUCAGUCAAUCCCGGUAUCCACGUCUGGACGUCGAAUCGUUGCUCCCCAUCGCAAAGCCCAGACAAGACGAUCGGCAGACGCGGUAUCCGCCUGGCCAUGGCGACCUCUACAACGCUUUGGUCCGGUCUGGCACCUUGGACAGGCUGCUUGCAGAAGGGAAAGAGUACUUGUUUGUGCCAAAUUCGGACAAUUUAGGAGCGACGGUCGAUCGUCGCAUCUUGAGGCAUAUGAUUGAAACGCAGACCGAGUUUAUCAUGCAAAUCACCGAGAAAACCAAGGCAGAUAUCAAAGGAGGAACGCUUGUCGAUUAUGAGGGAACUCUAAGAUUGCUGGAGUUGGCGCAGGUCCCGACACAGCACGUCGAGGAAUUUACAUCGGCAAAGAACUUCAAGAUUUUCAACACAAAUAACCUUUGGAUCAAUCUUCCAGGCAGAUUGAUGGCGGGAGAUCCGUCCUACAGAAGUGACCUGUAUACAGUCACCUCUGGAUCGCAUGUGGUCAGAAACGAAGCCCGGGUGUUUGAGACUAUCCCGCUCAUCAAACUCGGAGACCAUUUCAAGCAUAUCUCCCAAUUCGACAAGCGAUUCAAACAAAUACCCAGCAUCAUCGACUUCGACCACCUCACAGUUUCUGGCGACGUUUAUUUCGGGAGAGACGUCACAUUGCGUGGCACUGUAAUCAUCACUGCGAACGAAGGGCAAGUUGUUCACAUUCCCGACGGGUGCAGCCUUGAAAAUAGUACGGCCUUCUCGCUGCUUUCCAGUGCCGCAACUUAA